UUCAACACGUCUGAGUAUGACUUACAGGCUUAUUGUCUCUCUCUCUCUCUCUGCAACUCUCAUUGGCAGAUAACACAAAUAAAAGUACAAAUCUUUAAUUCUUCCCACAACCCAGAAGAGACCUUUGAAACCAUUUCAUCAUCAUCCAUGGAAGAGAUCGACUCAAAACCAAGAAAGCUUCUUCCUUUAUUACUCAUCUUCUUCCUCUGUUUUGUUUACCCUUCGAUGGCUGCAGAUGAAGACGACAUAAGAUGCUUAAGAGGAAUCCAAAGCUCUCUUACAGAUCCUCAAGGAAUCUUGAAAUCAUGGAACUUUGCAAACACAACUGUUGGGUUUCUCUGUAAAUUCGUUGGUGUGUCUUGUUGGAACGAUCAAGAGAAUAGGGUUAUCAAUCUUGAGCUUAGAGACAUGGGUUUGUCUGGUAAAGUCCCAGAGUCUCUUCAGUAUUGUGGGAGUUUACAAAAAUUGGAUCUUUCUAGUAAUCGUUUGUCUGGUAACAUCCCUAGAGAGCUCUGUUCUUGGUUGCCUUUUUUAGUGUCUCUUGAUUUGUCAAACAAUGAAUUGAAUGGUGAGAUUUCUCCUGAUUUAGCUAAGUGUAGCUUUGUGAACUCUAUGGUUUUGUCUGAUAACCGGCUUUCGGGUCAAAUCCCGGUUCAGUUCUCGGCUUUAGGGAGGUUAACGAGGUUCUCUGUAGCUAACAAUGGUCUCACAGGUCGUAUACCUGAGUUCUUUAGCUCACAGAGGUUUUCAUCUGAUGAUUUUGAGGGGAACAAAGGUCUUUGUGGUCGUCCUUUAUCUUCAAGCUGUGGUGGAUUGAGUAAGAAGAAUCUUGCUAUUAUAAUUGCAGCUGGUGUGUUUGGUGCUGCUGCAUCAAUGUUGUUGGCUUUUGGGAUUUGGUGGUAUUAUCAUUUGAAGUGGAGUAAAAGACGAAGAGGCGGUUUAACCGAAGGAGGAGUUAGUAGUUUAGGGCAGAGACUUCGUAGUCAUAAGCUUACUCAAGUCUCUUUGUUUCAGAAGCCUUUGGUUAAGGUUAAACUUGGGGAUUUGAUGGCUGCAACUAAUUAUUUCAGCUCAGGGAACAUUAUUGUUUCCACUAGAACCGGGACAACGUAUAAGGCGCUUCUUCCUGAUGGCUCAGCGCUUGCGGUUAAGCAUUUGGGUACAUGUAAGCUCGCGGAGAGGGAGUUUAGGUAUGAGAUGAAUCAGUUGUGGGAGCUUCGUCAUCCUAACUUAGCUCCACUUCUUGGAUUCUGUAUUGUGGAAGAAGAGAAGUUUCUUGUUUAUAAGUACAUGUCUAACGGGACGCUUCACUCGUUGCUGGAUUCAAAUGGGGUUGAAUUGGAUUGGUCGACUCGGUUUAGGAUUGGUUUAGGUGCUGCAAGGGGUUUUGCUUGGCUUCAUCAUGGAUGUAGACCUCCAAUACUUCAUCAAAACAUUUGUUCUAGUGUGAUUCUUAUUGAUGAGGAUUUUGAUGCAAGGAUUAUAGAUUCAGGUCUUGCAAGGCUUAUGGUUCACUCGGAGAACAACGAGAGCAGUUUCAUGACUGGUGACUUAGGAGAGUUUGGGUAUGUAGCUCCUGAAUAUUCCACCACAAUGCUAGCCUCACUAAAAGGCGAUGUUUAUGGACUCGGUGUUGUCCUCUUGGAGUUGGCAACAGGGCAAAAAGCUCUAGGAGGUGAAGGUUUCAAAGGAACUUUGGUGGAUUGGGUGAGACAGCUUGAAAGCUCAGGAAGACUCACCGAUGCAUUCGAUGAAAACAUUCGGGGGAAAGGACAUGACGAAGAAAUCUUGAAAUUUGUUGAGAUUGCUUGUAAUUGUGUGAGUUCAAGUCCUAAAGAGAGAUGGUCAAUGUUUCAAGCAUACCAGUCACUGAAAGGUAUUGCUGACAAACAAGGUUAUUCAUUCUCGGAACAAGACGACGACUUCCCUUUAAUUUUCGACACGCAAGAGAACGAGACUGCGUGAAAUGAAACCUUGAUGAUUAUGGGAGUGAGGGAAUAAAGAAGAAAAAAUUACAUUGAAGAUGUAUCAGGAGUAUUAUAAUUAUUUGUUGCCUAUAUCACCUUGUACUACAUGUAGAGACACUAUAUGUUAUUGUAAAAAACAGAAGUGUAUAUUGUUAUGUGUUUUCUCUUUUGUCAAAGUCUUAAAGACAUGUUAUGUU